AAAAGAAAAAAAAAAUUGAAGGGGAAAAAAAAAGGAAAGAAAUAAUUCUCCUCAGCUUCAUCCCACUCUGUGUCCCUCAUCCAAUCCACUCCACUCUCUUUUGAGCAACCUCGUUGUCUUAGCUUUCCCGUCUUGCCUAUCCAGCGACCGUCGCACCUCCAAGGCAUCCUUUUUUUCUCACUAUUCUUUUUCCUUCCUCUCUUGUCCCCUUUCUUCCUUAUUACUUGCCCCCUAACCUUGUAUAUACUACCGUACUGUAUCUAACGGUACAGUACACGUACAUACAUACAGACAAUACAUACGAUACAUACAUUACCACUACGUACAUACAUACAUCCCGCAGGUCUUUUACUCACUAGGGCUGCAGUCGAUAUUAUUAUUAUUAUUAUAAUUAUCUACCACCCGGGUUGGCGGCAAGCAGGCUACCUACCGCCUACACCUCCUUCAACACACUAUCCCAUAUCCCGGCCCCCCCUGUGCGUGAGUGACUCCGCGGUCACUUCUAAGGCGGCCUUGUCUCUGCCUGUCCUGUCUGACUUGGCCUUCUCUCUUUGCCUUGUCUGCCCAUCUCAUUCGUUCUUUCUACUCCUCUCUUGGGCAUUCCACUGUGCCACACCCCUAAAAUUUUUUCCUGUCGGCCAGGUACACAUAUCGUCUAGCCCGCCCUCACUCCUCGCCGCUCUUCCUCUCUUCUUUUUCUUCCUUUCCUCUUCCUCAGCAUGAGCGGUCUAGCCACCUCCAACACCCCCGUCGAUCCUGUGGCAGCCAACCCAAGUCAGCCAAGCAUCACGUCCUCUACUACUACAUCCGAUGCCUCGCGACGAGAGCCCACCUCCUCCGCCACCGGUACCGCCGAACUCGCCGGUCAAUCGGUAACUGCCCUGCUUGAACACGAGCAGGAGAAGCUGGAGGCUGCUAAGAAACUGGUCAUCAACGCGCUCAGAUUCGUACCCGACUUCCCCAUCCCCGGUAUCAAGUUCAUCGACAUCCUCCCGAUCUUCCAGAACCCAGUCGCCUUCGAGUCCCUACUGGAGGUGCUCAUCCUCCUAAUACGAGAGCGAUUCGGAAACCAGAUACCAGAUGUCAUAGUGGGUCUGGAAGCUCGCGGUUUCCUCUUUGGGCCUACACUUGCAUUGAGGCUCAACCGCCCAUUCGUUCCAGUCCGAAAGAAGGGCAAGAUGCCGGGUGCUUGCAGGACUGUUGAAUACAAGAAAGAAUACGGCAAGGACGAGUUCCAGGUGCAAACAGAUGCCAUCAAACCUGGCCAGACGUGCUUAAUUGUGGACGACAUCAUUGCUACUGGAGGAACUGCUGCUGCUGCCGGCCAACUUGUGGAGCUCUCUGAUGCCAAAGUCAUGGGCUACCUUUUCAUGAUUGAGAUUACAAAUCUAAAGGGCAAGGCGCUGUUGGGCGAUAAACCCUUCAUCACCCUUGUCGAACAUGACGAAGAGGAGUAAACUUCACGUAUCACCAUAUUCUUAGCAACUUUACGGUUUCCGCGUCAAAAAAGAUCUCAUUCCCAAGUACACGAAAAAAAGAGGACAGCAUAGUUCGCAAUAUUUUUUACCGUUCCAAACCUUACCAUACCAAACCUAAUGAUAGAUGCCAUUCGAAACUUAUUAAGUAAUUGGGGCGGGUUAGAAAACGCUGUUCGGUUGUUACAGAACUUCAGCGCAGCCGUAAUGUCGGAUGGGGAGGUUCCCGCGAGAGAGCUGGAUUGAGGUUGCAUGGCUAUGGCGUUUAAUGGAACACGAAUAAUACUGGUGAUACUGCAUUUUUUUGUUGUUACAUGAUUUGAUCAUAGAGAGUCAUAAUUCCGUAAUCCGUUCUAAUCAUAGCAACGUGCUCGCUUGUCUCCCAA